CAAACAUUUUGACCAUUCUCCAGCCGUAAUUUCUCGACAGGCAAGCAUUUAUUGGCUUAAACUACGACUUUGUCGUUCCACGUCUCUUUCUUCUAUCCCUUUUCUUUACGUUUCACAGACUUGUCAGCCUCUGAUUGGUAAAAGAGAUGGGCCUACUGUAUCAUCGGGGUCCCACGAGUAUAUGUUUAAAAGACUUCUCCGCAGUCAACGGUCAGCCUUCGGAUUCCAGUCGGCACUUCCCUAGCCGUGCGAUCAUCGCCCCGCAGGCGGUGUUAUUGCAUCACAUUCGUGGGAUCGAUGAAGUCGAAUGGCAUAUCCAAGUAGCCAAAGCUGGUCAAAAGAGAUUGCUACAAACCCACAGCGUUCAUGUGAUCAGCUCCAUCGAUCAACUACGUGGAAGAACAAUUACACGCCCCGAUCCAGCUGCAAAUGUUGUUGACCCUCCAACAAUCUUCCAUUUGUAUGUGUAUCUUCUUCUUCUUCGUCCUCAAACUUCUCUAGCUAGCUAUCGACCGAGAGAGAGAGAGAGAGAGAGAGAGAGAGAGAGAGUUGAAGGGAAGAGAAUGGAUGGCUUGGACAACGUACCUCCUUUCUUCCUGUGCCCGAUCUCUCUUCAGGUCAUGGAGGACCCUGUUACCAUCUCCACCGGCGUCUCCUACGACCGCGCCAGCAUCGACCGAUGGCUCACCGUGUACGAGCACCACACAUGCCCGGUAACCAACCAGCAUCUCACUGAUCUGACACUCACCCCAAACGCCACCCUCCUCCGCCUCAUCCAGUCCUGGGCUGCCUGCUCCACCGGAUGCGUUGCUCCUGCGGUUGCCGCGACGAAGCCUGGAUUCGACGUGUCGGAGAUACUCGGCGAUCUUGGUGACCCUGCGGCUCGUGCCGACGGCAAGGCGAAGGCUCUAAAUACGAUCAGGUCACUGGUAUUAGAUGACGACGGCAACGCGGCGCACAUGGAGAAAGCCGGCGUGACUUCUCUCGUCGCAUCUCUGAUUGCCAGGUGCGAGCCAUCGGAAGCUUUGAGGAACCUUGUUGACCCGGUGGUGCUGAUCGACGAAGCCACCAGCGUGCUGCACCUCCUGAAACCAUCGCCUGAGACCCUCAGAGAGGUUUCGGAGCGCCGAAACGGUGAGCUCAUUGCAAAUCUGGCUUCACUGCUGCAACGCGGUUCGCACCAGGCAAGAGUUCACGCAGCGCUUCUCCUCCGGUCCAUCUACGAGGUCGUCGGUGACAACCUCAAGGCAAGGAUACCUGUGGAUCUGAUCGAGGGGGUGGUGGAGAUACUGAAGGACCAGAACGCAGACCGAGCAACGACCAUGGCUCUACUGGCCAUCAUGAUCGAGGUGCUGCCUCAUGGUAAGAACAGGCUAAAGGCGGUGCAGGCCGGAGCAGUGGCGGUGACAGUGGAGCUACUGGUGGAGGAGAGCGUGGACAGGCGGAAGUGCGAGGCCAUGCUGUACCUGUUGGAGCUGAUGUGCGGGAGGGCGGAGGGGAGGGCGGAGCUGGUGGGGCACCCAGCGGGGGUGGCGGCGGUGGUGGCGAAGCUUCUGAGCUUGUCGAGCGGGGUGACGGCGAGGGCGGUGAUGGUGCUGGAGUUGGUGUGCAGGUACUGCGGCGGGGUGAUGGAGGAGAUGUUGCAGGUGGGGGGAGUGGCCAAGCUCUUUAUGCUGGUGCAGGUGGAAGGCAACAGGAGGAGCAGGGAGAUGGCCAAGGGCAUCUUGGGGAAUCACAUCAAGGCAUGGAGCAAGUCGCCUUGCUUUCCUUCUCAUUGCUUGCCUUGACAAGGGUUUUAAGGUUGAGAUCAAAGGCUGGAAGAUGAGAGCUCUAAAGGCACAAAACAGUGGUCAGAUGCAACAAUUAUUGGUUUGAUGUAUAAUUUGUGUGCUUAAGAUUUGUAAGGUUGAUUAUUUGAAUGGUAAAAAUUUAUGAUUUGAA